AUUUUCUGCGCUUUUGGCUACUUUUCUUUUAAAUAGGUACUAUACCUGUAAGCACAAAACUCUGUAUACCAAAAUGUUACUCGUUUUGAAUUUUAGGGUUACAUUUUGCACAAAACUGACGAUCUAACGCUUAAUGCUAAUUUCGGUUAGGACCUGAAAGCUCACCAGUACGAUUAUUCCCAAGUCCAUGAACGCAACAGACGCGUUACGCACGUCUGUCUCCAUGGCAACACAAGAGGUGCUUUUAUACUUCUCCGUCUGCGUCGGGACGGAGACACGCAACGCCAAAAAGCUCGUGAAAGCUAAAAGAAAGUUUGUUUUUCUGCUAAUAGCUACUACAAGCUACCUUGUGAGUUUUUCCCCGUUUAAAUUAGUCAGUGUUUUUGCUGUUACAACCAUUAUGACAUAAUAUAUUUACAUGAAAACUAACUUAAUUGUUUGACUACAAUUGUCCAAAAGUUCGUUAUUGGGUAAACAUCUGCUUGCUAACUAACAGUUAUGCUAAAACGCCAUUAAAAUUGAUACUGUCGGUCUUUAUUAGCUAGCUGUGACUAUGCUAACGCCACAAACUUUAGAAGUAAAUACAAUUGUUUAAAAUCACUUCUGUGUCGGUGACACCACAGCUAGACCCCCACAGCCGUGUCCCGCAGCUGUUGGGAGGGUGACGUUCACACGCUGCUGCUGGCUGCUGAAGCCGCUCAGAAGGAUGAUAUUCUGACUUUUACUCAUCAAGCCAUCUGGGGCCCAGCAGCCUGAACUGGAGUCAACCUCCCAAAGAGACACAGCAGCUUCUCUGGAGCGCUUCACAGAGCCAAGAAGAAAGUUCUAACUCCCCGGCACUCAAGAACAAACAAAGACGCUGGCCUGUGUCAAGAAAAAAGAAAUGGAAGCAUCUCCCUCUGAGAACACUUCUGGCACUGCUUUUGUAGAGUCUGAGGUCUCUAGGUCAAAACAAGAUCAGACUAAAGAUUAUUCAUCGCAUGCCGGCACAAUAGGAGAUGCAACUGAAAUAGAUUCUUGUCCUUCGGAUGUUCUGACAAACCAGCUAAAAGGCUGUUCUCAGAGAGAAUCGGACUCUUUAUCGCACCCAAAGGGAAGCGUGCAGUUUUCCUUGAGUCACUCCAACCAUGAAGGCCUGAAUAAUGAAGGCAGACUGGAGAGGAAACAGUGGGUUGAUAAGGAAGUUGCAACCAAACAGGUCGUGUUGGCAGAAAGAAAUUUUGCUGAAGCUUGUGAGCAGAAACUACAAAAGGAGUUGAAAAAGUUGUCAGUGCAGAGCCGGCCCAGCAGAGACCGCCUUGCGGUGUUCAGUGACGUCUUUGAUGAUGUAUGUGAAGGCUCGCCAGUAUUUGGACACAUCCUGAGGGAAAUCAAGGCAGAUUAUGAUUUAUAUGCGAACCACUUGAUACGUUCCCAUUCCUCAACUCUAAACAUGUGCUCACAGCCACUGAGUGAUUCAGUCAAAGACACUGAUGUGAAGGAAAUGGGUGAAAAAGAGCUGGACAAUGCUCCAAAACAGGUGUGCAUGCUGGAACAAGAAGCUAGAAGAGCUCUGGAGGAGAAGAAACGAUUCCAACACGAGUUGCAGAAAAUUUCAGCUGUAAUCGGUUCAGAAGACAACCUGAAGAAUACAUCUCUGUCCAUGCUCCAGGACAGUGCUAACAUCCCUCAGCUCAGGCUUCAGGUGCUUAAAAUAAGAAAGGAGAUUCAAGACCUGGAGAAGGAGAUUGGUGAAAAUCUGGUGUACGACGUUAGAACUUCUGCUACUGAACGGCGUAUCAAAGAAGUUAAGACUGAAAGUAUGAAACUAAUAGCCUCAAAUAACCGUCUGAGGACCAUCAGCAAGGAUUUUGAGGAAAAAAUCAAUGAGGUGCUGAACACAGAGAAAGUGAACAAGAGCCUAAGACGGAUGUUGUGGAGUGAAAUAUUUGGUGAUCUCCAAACAGAUGGCGAAUAGUCUCAGUGAGGAAAUCAAAGUUAGAGCAUUUGUUGAAAAUAAUAAAAGAAAACAUGCAAUAAACUU